GAGUCACUACAAAAUCUAAUYUAAAACAGAAUCUAAAAGGGKGCAUAAAACACCCAYCGCUCCGACCUUUKUAAAACAAUGGCGGUAAAAAGCUUCAYGAUAGAUCUUUUACCUAAAGACAUGAUCUAUACUAAUGGUGAUACCAUUUCUGGCGAGGUAAAACUCGUACUAAACUCCCAAAUCAAACUGACGAGUUUGAUGGUUUGUUUUUCUGGGAAAGGAAAAGUUGAAUGUUCUCGAGGGAAAAGUAUAUAUGUUGGGAAAGAAGAGUAUUACAGCGAUACAAUUUACUUGCUAGACGAAGUUCAGGUUCGAAACAUGGGUUGUGUUUUGAGUCCCGGAAACUACUCUUUCCCAUUCGCCUUUAACAUUCCAGUAGACGCUGACCUACCUGGUUCUCAUUCAGGAAAACGAGGCUACAUACGGUACACGAUCGAGGCUAAGAUGCAGAGACCUAACCAGAUUGUGAGCGACACUACUAUUGUCACCAUUCCUAUCAUUGACUUCGUUUCAAUCGAAGAACAUCUUCUAAUGGUUUUAUUGUUUAUUCAAAGACAAGUCAAACUCAGCAGCUGACAUCACAAGUCGGCCAUUUACCCUGUACUUCUGGUUCCAUAUCCAUUACGGCCAAAGUCAACCGCAGUGGAUAUUACACUGGCGAUGAGGUCUUGGCUUCAUUGUAUAUGGACAACAACUCC